ACAGCUAAGGUUGUUGUUGGGGCAACUCCAGGGGGAUUAGUGUCUUAUGUCUCAGAUGCCUAUGGGGGCUCGACAAGUGAUCGCCAGAUAGUGGAGAGAAGCAAUUUGGUGGCUUUAUGUGACCCGGGAGACAGUAUCAUGGUAUACAAGGGUUUUAACAUACAGGACCUUUUUACUUCUAAAAAUGUAACAGUUAAUAUUCCCACAUUUUUUAAGAAUAAAAAUCGUUUGUCAGGCCAUACCAUUAUGAAAGAUGGAAAGAUUGCAAGUAAACGUGUCCAUAUUGAGCGAAUUAUU